AUGACCCAGACACCUGCCUUCGAUAAACCCAAAGUGAGCGCUCGGGGGAGCUCGGGUCCGGUGGCUGGGGGUAGGGGAGUGGGACUUGCCGGCGCACUUCCCGACCACACCCCAGGAACGAAUGGGGGCUCUGGUCUCAGAUUCAUCACCUGUCACAUGGGCAUCCUAGCACCUCGGGUAUCGAACAACUGUUCUCUCUCCCUCUCUGCCCCCUCGCAGGUGGAACUCCAUGUCCACCUAGACGGUUCCAUCAAGCCUGAAACCAUCUUAUACUACGGCAAGAAGAGAGGGAUUUCCCUCCCGGCUGACACAGUGGAGGGGCUGCAGAAUAUCAUCGGCAUGGACAAGCCGCUCAGCCUUCCGGAAUUCCUGGCCAAGUUCAACUACUACAUGCCUGUUAUUGCGGGCUGCCGGGAGGCCAUCAAAAGGAUUGCCUAUGAGUUUGUGGAGAUGAAGGCCAAAGAGGGAGUGGUGUAUGUGGAGGUGCGCUACAGCCCACACCUGCUGGCCAACUCCAAAGUGAAGCCCCUCUCCUGGAACCAGGUUGAAGGGGACCUCACCCCGGAUGAGGUAGUGGAUCUGGUGAACCAAGGCCUGCAGGAAGGGGAACGUGACUUUGGGAUCAAGGUCCGGUCUAUUCUGUGCUGCAUGCGCCAUGAGCCCAAUUGGUCUCCUGAGGUGGUGGAGCUGUGUAAAAAGUACUGGCAGAAGACGGUGGUGGCCAUCGACCUGGCUGGAGAUGAAACCAUCCAGGGAAGCAGCCUCUUUGAAGGCCACUUGAAGGCCUACGAGGAGGCUGUGAGGAGCGGCAUUCACCGGACUGUGCAUGCCGGGGAGGUGGGCUCUGCUGAAGUGGUGAGAGAGGCCGUGGACAGGCUCAAGACCGAGAGGCUGGGUCAUGGUUACCACACCCUGGAGGACGAGGCCCUGUACAGCAGGCUGAGGCAGGAAAACAUGCACUUCGAGGUCUGCCCCUGGUCCAGUUACCUCACAGGCGCCUGGAAGCCGGGGACCCAGCAUGCAGUUGUUCGGUUCAAAAAUGACAAGGCUAACUACUCCCUUAACACGGACGACCCGCUCAUCUUCAAGUCCAACCUAGACACUGACUACCAGAUGACCAAACAGGAAAUGGGUUUUACUGAAGAGGAGUUUAAAAGACUGAACAUCAAUGCAGCAAAGUCCAGUUUCCUCCCCGAGGGUGAGAAGAAGGAACUUCUGGAUCUGCUCUCUAAGGCCUAUGGAAUGCCAGCUCCGGCCUUUGCAGGAGUCCCUUCCUUCUGGGUUCCUGGAAGUGGGCUGGCAUGA